AAAUGACAGGACGUGGCAAAGGAGGUAAAGGAUUGGGAAAAGGAGGCGCCAAGCGGCAUCGCAAAGUUCUGCGCGACAACAUUCAAGGUAUCACCAAGCCGGCCAUUCGUCGUCUGGCCCGUCGUGGUGGCGUCAAGCGUAUCUCCGGCCUCAUCUACGAAGAGACUCGAGGUGUACUGAAGGUGUUCCUGGAGAACGUCAUUCGAGAUGCUGUUACCUACACUGAACACGCCAAAAGAAAAACGGUGACGGCCAUGGACGUCGUCUACGCUCUUAAACGUCAGGGCCGCACCCUUUACGGAUUCGGCGGCUAA